AUGAAAUAUUCACAUUUGACAGUUGAUCAGUACAUUUCUCUUCUCAAACAAUCUUCAUCAACUAUCAACGCCAAAGAAUUAUAUAUCAGCACACGAAAAGCAAAUGUUACUAUCCAAAAUUUCGAGGAAGCUGUUUCAAUUCUUCAAUCUGUCAAAACAUACAUGAAAUUCAAUACAUUUGAUGGAGUCAUUGAUAUUUUAAAUCAAAAAGACAAAGAAGUACAAGAUUCUACAGAAGAAAUCUUAAAACUUCAAACAAAAUUAAAUUCAUUACAAAAUAAACUACAAAAUGUAACUGAAAAUCACAAACAUUCAAAAGCGGUUUUAGCCCGAAUCUAUGAACUUAAGAGAUCUAGUAACUUUGAAAGUAUUUACCAAUUCCUUAAUGAACUUUCUUCGAAAGGAGAUCGUGAAAUGAUGUCAAAGGCCUGUGAAGAAGGACUUUGGAAAAAUGAAACAACAAAAUAUGAUAGAAAUGUUCUUCAUAUUGCAAGUCAUGAAGGAAAUCUUAAUCUUGUCAAAACUCUCAUCGAAUGUGGCUGCGAUAAAGAAACAAAAGAUGUACUUGCGUGGACUCCUCUUCUUUUGGCAUCAAGGGAAGGUCAUCUUGAAGUUGUUAAAUAUCUAAUCUCUAUUGGAGCUAAUAAAGAAGCAACAUCUAAUGCUGGAUAUACUCCUCUACUUUUGGCAUCAAGGGAUGGUCGUCUUGAAGUUGUUAAGUACCUUAUAUCAGUUAGAGCUAAUAAAGAAGCAAAACAUGAAAAUGGAUGGACUCCACUCAUUUUGGCAUCAUGGAGUGGUCAUCUUGAAGUUGUUAAAUAUCUAAUCUCUAUUGGAGCUGAUAAAGAAGCAAAAGAUAAUGAUGGAUAUACCCCGCUCAUUUGGGCAUCAAAGGAUGGCCAUCUUGAAGUUGUUAAAUAUCUAAUCUCAGUUGGAGCUGAUAAAGAAGCAAAGAAUAAUGACGGAAAAACUGCUCUCUCAAUUGCAAAAGGCGAUGUAAGAUAUUAUCUAGAUAACCUUUGA